CGCCGGGCGCAUCAACUCAUCCCGAUUCAUUAUGUUCGAUGCUUCCCGACGAAGCACCGCAGAGCGCGGCAGGCAAAACGCCUAUUUAGACCAAAUCAUGCAGGCGGACCAAUAUCAGGGUAACUCAAGGUCGAUCUGAGUGGAUACUACUGGCUCUUUGGCAGAGGAGCCGAUUUCGGUCUGGGAUUCUGCUAGGCGAUCUGGUGAGCUCAGAAACAAGGAGUGAUGUGGAACCUGGAGACGAACGGCUCAUGUACGACUGCCCCGCCUAGAACGCAGUGGUGGUGGACCAAAGCUCGAAGACAAUGACGGAAACAAAAAGAAUAGGGCCAGGAACAGGACACUCUGGGUGGAUCUCAUAAGCCCGUAAGUGUUGUGAUGAAGCUCGGUUUCCCAUACCGCCAGGAAUCCACCCACACCAGACGGAAGGGCCUUGAGCUUCAUGCCAAGAGUGACUUGAUCCUCGCCAUCGCUGUUCUCCCCCUCUAUGAUAAGCGCUCCUUCGCCGAGGUCCGAGCCCAGUGAUCUCUUUGAGCUUGCGCCAAUUUCGCUGGAUGCUUCAGAGCCUGUGCUGUCGGCUGAGACAGAGUCAAUUGUCGAUGUAAUCGACUCUUCGCGCCGUUUCUCAUGACACUCAGAUACUUGAUAGGCUCGCAUGAAAGAAGGCGUGGAUCGGGGCGUUCGUAUGGGAUUAGGCACAGAUACGAUCCGCUUCAGUGCAGGCUGAUCGAAGGGAGAGACGAAGUGCGAGGCGGGAGGCACGAAUUCCGACGCGUUGCGGUAGUCAGGGACAGAGAAGAUAGGAAUCCAGGUCUCAUCGUGAGGUUGUCGAACGGGGGAGGUUUCCGUGACAUUGGAAGCUUUGGUGGCAUAGAUGCUGGAAAAACGACGAAGCCUUGGAUAAACCCUCUGCGACUGGAGUUCAUCACGCUCGAGCAAGGAUGAGCCACAGUCAGAGUCCUUUGAUUCAGUGUUCGAGAUGUUCGAUUGCAUUGGGAGAGGCUGCGGUCCCAGGAGCGAGGGAGAAGAAAAGACGAAGAUAGCGAAGAAGGAAUGUCACGGCGGGAGCGUUCUUGGAUGGAAAGGAGACUCUAGUUCCCCUUCAGGGUGAUUUCCCAGAGGAGUUUUCAGAACUUCGGAUGCAUGUCGAUUCCCCCGAGUCUCAGUCUCAGUUUCCGCGCUCGAAGCCAG